UCCUCGUCGCCUGCGGAGCCGCCGCCGAGCGCUCAGCGCCCCGGAGCCGCGGGGAGGAGGGCGAUGGCCACCGUAGUGGUGGAAGUGGACUCGGAGCCCUCCUGCAGCAUCCCCAACCCGACCUCCACCUCGCCCAGCCUCUCCCACCGCUUCCUAGACAGCAAGUUUUACCUGCUGGUGGUCGUCGGCGAGCUGGUGACCGAGGAGCACCUGCGGCGGGCCAUCGCCAAUAUCGAGCGAGGAAUCCGGUCAUGGGACACAAACUUGGUCGAAUGCAACCUGGAUCAAGAACUGAAACUUUUUGUGUCUCGCCAUUCAGCUCGAUUCUCUCCUGAAGUUCGAGGUCAGAAGAUUCUUCACCACAGAAGUGAUGUCUUGGAGACCGUAGUCCUCAUCAACCCCUCAGAUGAAGCAGUUAGUACUGAGGUGCGCUUAAUGAUCACAGAUGCUGCAAGGCACAAGCUCCUCGUUCUAACUGGACAGUGCUUUGAAAACACUGGAGAGCUCAUCCUUCAGUCAGGGUCCUUUUCCUUCCAGAACUUCAUUGAGAUCUUCACGGAUCAAGAGAUCGGUGAAUUGUUGAGCACUACACACCCUGCCAACAAAGCCAGUCUAACUCUUUUCUGCCCUGAGGAAGGGGACUGGAAGAAUUCCAACCUUGACAGACACAACCUUCAAGACUUUAUUAACAUUAAACUCAACUCAGCUUCCAUAUUGCCCGAGAUGGAAGGACUCUCUGAAUUCACAGAGUAUCUGUCAGAAUCAGUAGAAGUGCCAUCACCUUUUGACAUUUUGGAACCUCCAACCUCAGGAGGUUUCUUGAAGCUCUCCAAACCCUGCUGUUACAUUUUCCCAGGGGGAAGAGGAGACUCUGCAUUGUUCGCAGUGAAUGGAUUCAAUAUGCUUAUCAAUGGAGGAUCUGAAAGAAAAUCUUGUUUUUGGAAACUUAUCCGGCACUUGGACAGGGUAGAUUCCAUCCUGCUCACUCACAUUGGAGAUGACAAUCUGCCAGGAAUCAAUAGCAUGCUUCAGAGAAAGAUAGCUGAACUAGAAGAGGAACAGUCUCAAGGGUCUACUACCAACAGUGACUGGAUGAAAAACCUGAUCUCACCUGAUUUAGGAGUUGUGUUCCUUAAUGUACCUGAGAACCUGAAGAACCUGGAUCCUAAUUUUAGAGGAAAAAGGAGUGUGGAAGAAGCUUGUUUUACUCUCCAGUAUUUAAAUAAAUUGUCUAUGAAACCAGAACCUCUCUUCAGAAAUACAGGAAAUACCAUUGACCCUAUCAUUUUAUUUGAGAAAAUGGGAGUAGGCAAACUUGAGAUGUAUGUGCUUAAUCCUGUCAAAAAUAGCAAAGAGAUGCAAUAUUUUAUGCAGCAGUGGAGCGGUACUAACAGAGAUAAAGCUGAAUUCCUGCUACCAAAUGGCCAAGAACUAGACAUUCCAUUAUCCUACUUCACCUCUGUCUCAUCCCUCAUCGUGUGGCAUCCUGCUAAUCCUGCUGAAAAAAUAAUCCGAGUUCUCUUUCCUGGGAACAGCACACAGUACAAUAUUCUAGAGGGGCUAGAAAAGCUCAAACACUUAGACUUCCUUAAACAACCAAUGGUUACACAAAAAGACCUAACUGGGAACAUUGCUAGUCCAGCUGUGAAACAAGCAAAAUUGAAACAACGAACAGACAGCAAGGAGAGCCUGAAGCCUGCUGCAAAGACACCACCAAAUAAGCCUGUCAGAAAGGAAUCUAAAGAAGAAACACCAGAGCCUGUGAAAGCUAGUCCGGUACCAGAAAAGCCUCAGAAGAUGGAAAGCAAAGAAAAAGUUCCAGUUAAAAAAGAAAAACCAGCAAAAGUAGAGACCAAGCCAGUAACAGUCGAAAAAGACAUGGCAAAUAAGGAAGAACAACUAGUGAAAUAUGAAAUUGUUGAAAAACAAAGUACAGAUGUAAAACCAAAAAUGUCAAAGGAGAAGACAGUGAAAAAGGAAGUCAAAGCAAAACCUGAAGAAAAGAAAGAGGACAAAGAAAAGCCAAAGAAAGAGGUUUCUAAAAGAGAGGAGAAAACACCCAUCAAAAAAGAGGAAAAACCAAAAAAAGAAGAGAUCAAGAAAGAAGUUAAAAAGGAGGUGAAAAAGGAAGAGAAGAAGGAAACUAAGAAGGAAAUCAAGAAAGAAGCUUCAACAAAAGAAGCUAAAAAAGAAGCUAAAAAAGAAGAGAAGAAGGAAAUCAAGAAGGAAGACAAAGAAGCCAAAAAGGACAUCAAGAAGACACCUAAAGAAACAAAGAAGACAGCUACUCCUUCAAGUGAAGCCAAAAAGCCAGCAGCAAAGCCUAAACCACAAAAGAAGGAGGAACCUGCUAAAAAAGAAGCAGUACCUGCUGGAAAGCCAAAGGAAAAAGGGAAAGUUAAAAGUGUGAAGAAGGACCUCAAAGUAAGUGGAGCACAAGCCGCCCUUGCAGCAGUUGGUGCCACAGCUGUAGCAGCUGCAGAAAUUACAGCUGGUGGAAAGGAGCUUGAAGCAGAGAGAUCCCUUAUGUCUUCACCAGAGGAUUUAACAAAGGAUUUUGAGGAGUUAAAAGCUGAAGAAGUAGAAACAAUAAAAGAAACAAAAUCUCAAGUUGCACUUAUAACAGAUGAUCUUAAACUCACUGGCACUGUACAAAAAGAUGCCUUUGAAGUACAAAAAGAAAAAUUGGAUAAUGAAGGACCUGCCGAGUCAUCCGAUGAAGGCAUAACUACCACAGAGGCUGAGGGUGAGUGUGAACAGACACCUGAAGAAUUGGAACCUGUGGAGAAACACAAGGUUGAUGACAAUGAAAAGUUUGAAGAUGAGGGAACUGGCUUGGAAGAAUCAUCGGAAGCAGAUUAUGAAGAAAAGGCAGAGACAGAAGAAGCUGAAGAGCGAGAUGAAAAUGAAGUAGAGAAAACACGAUUGGAUGCCACAAAACCAUAUAUGGAAGAAUCACAAAAACUUGCAGGUGGCUCAGAAAACAUAAUGACUCAUGUAGAUGCCAACAUUAAAGAUGAAAAGUAUAUUGAAAAGGCAGAUUAUGAAGCAUCCGAUGAACGAGCUGAAGAAGACAGGGAGGAAGCAAUAGAAAAGGCAGAAACUGAAGAGACUGAGGAAGAUGAAGAAGACAAAGCAGAAGACAUCAGAGAUGAGGAAGAAACUGAAAAAACAGAAGCUGAAGAAGAUUAUGUGAUGGCGGUGGUUGACAAAGCUGCAGAAUCUGGUGAAGCCGAGGAUAAGUAUGGCUUACUUGCAAUUACACCAACUAAAUGCUCAGAGUCUCAGUCUCCAGUGAUUGAGCCAGCUUCUUCUAUCCAUGAUGAGACACUACCUGGUGGUUCAGAAAGUGAAGCCACUGUUUCUGAUGAAGAAAAUAGAGAAGAUCAGCCUGAGGAGUUCACUGCUACUUCAGGCUACACACAGUCCACCAUUGAAAUAUCCAGUGAACCAACUCCAAUGGAUGAAAUGUCAACACCCCGAGAUGUCAUGAGUGAUGAAACUAACAAUGAGGAGAGCGAGUCACCCUCUCAGGAGUAUGUGAACAUUACCAAGUAUGAGACAUCGCUGUACUCCCAAGAGUUCAGCAGAGCUAAACUUUCUCCACUUCCAGAUGCUUUUAAUGGAGUAUCUGAAGGAUCCAAAACAGAUGCCACAGAAGGUAAGGAUUAUAAUGCCUCAGCUUCCACCAUCUCACCACCUUCUUCAUUAGAGGAAGACAAAUUCUGCAAAUCUGCAUUCCAAGAUGUGUACCGGCAAAGAGAAAGUGAAAUCCAAGGCACUGACAAACUAGAAAUCAAAGAACCCUAUCAAGAAGAUGGUGGAAAAUAUAGUUCAGCAAAGAGCCCAGCUGACAGCUUGUCCCCUCCAUCACCUGUUGCCAAAACACCACUGAGUGAACGCAGUGUGAACUUUUCGCUCACUCCCAAUGAGAUCAGGGUUCCUUCUGAGUCUGUCCCCACUGCUAAAUUGCCUGAUGUACACCAAGAAGUUGCUGAAGAGCACUGUGCAAGCCCUGAAGAUAAAACAUUAGAAGUAGCAUCUCCCUCACAGUCUGCUGCUGGUAGUGCUGGCCACACACCUUAUUAUCAGUCUCCCACGGAUGAGAAGUCCAGUCAGCUUCCCUCCGAAACCAGUGAAAAGUCAACAGAAGGUCCUGUCAGCUUUGAGUUCAGUGAAGUCAAAGAUGAGUCUGCAAAAUGCAGAAUAAGCCCUAUGGAUGAGCCUGUGCCAGAUUCAGAAUCUCCCAUUGAAAAGGUUCUCUCGCCUCUGCGGAGUCCGCCACUGAUAGGUUCAGAGACCACUUACGAUACAUUUUUGAGUGCUGAUUUGAAGUCUCCCACCAGAGAUUAUGGAAGUCCUUCCAAGGGAAAACCUGGAAAAGACAAAUCACCUGUUCAGAUGAGCCCAGCUUCUGAAGCAAGCUCUGUAGGCCUCUUCCAAGAAAAACAAGAUGAAAAAAGCAUGGAAUUUAUGGCAAUUAAGGAAAGCUUCAGCCUGGAACGGAAGAUGGAGGAUACAGAACCCAGCAGCUCCCAGUCUUCACUGGUCUUGGAUGAGCGGAAGUUAGCGAGUGAUCUCUCACCGACUCAAAUAGACAUCAGUCAGUUUGGUUCUUUAAAAGAAGACACCAAAAUGUCAAUUUCUGAAGGCACCGUCUCUGACAAGUCUGCAACUCCCGUUGAUGAGGUUGUUGCAGAAGACACCUAUUCCCAUAUAGAAGGAGUAGCUUCUGUCUCUACAGCAUCUGUUGCCACUAGUUCAUUUCCAGAACCAACUACUGAUGAUGUAUCUCCUUCUUUGCAUGCUGAGGUUGGUUCUCCCCACUCUACUGAAGUCGAUGAUUCCCUUUCAGUGUCAGUUGUACAAACACCGACAACUUUUCAGGAAACAGAAAUGUCUCCAUCUAAAGAAGAGUGCCCAAGGCCUAUGUCAAUUUCUCCACCAGACUUUUCACCUAAAACUGCAAAAUCAAGAACACCAGUGCUUGAUCACAGAUCUCCUGAGCAGUCAGCUAUGUCAGUAGAAUAUGGUCGGGAGUCACCUGAGCAGUCUUUAGCAAUGGAUUUUAGUAGGCAGUCUCCAGAAUAUCCUGCUGUAGGCAGUAGCAUACAUCAUAUAUCUGAAAAUGGACCAACGGAAGUAGAUUAUAGCCCUUCAGAUAUACAGGAAUCUCCUUUUGCACGGAAGAUUUCGCCAGUGGAACAGUCAUCUUACUCUCAAGAGAAAGAUAUUUCAGAAAUUAUUUCAGUUUCUCAAAUUGAAGCGUCAUCGUCAACUUCAUCAGCUCAUACACCUUCCCAGGUAGCUUCACCACUGCCAGACGAAACUUUUUCAGGUGGUGUUCCACCCAGAGAGAUGUCACUGCAUUCUUGUUUUACCUCAGAAAAGGUGCAGAGCCUAGGAGAAAAGCUGUCACCAAAAUCUGACCUAUCUCCGUUAACUCCAAGGGAAUCUUCUCCCCUGUAUUCUCCUACUUUUCCAGAUUCACCUCCUGCAAUCACAGAAGCAGUGUCAUCUAGUCACACACCUUUGUUGUCACAGCAAGUGUCUUCUGUCAAAGCCUUUGGUUAUCAGGAAUCCUUAUCAAAGCACAGUCCAGAACCUUUACUUAGCCCAGAUAAAGAAGAUUCAGAGAAAAGCAGCAGGUCACCAGAAGAACUUAGUUAUUCGUAUGAGGCCAGAGAGAAAACCACUAGGUCGCCAGAAAAUAUUAGCUAUUCCUAUGAGGCAGAUGGAAAAUCUUCUAGAUCACCUCAAGCCAUGGAUUUUUCCUAUGAGACAAGCAGAAAAACUACUAGGUCUCCUGAGACCACAGAUUAUUCCUAUGAGAAAACCAGGAGCACUACCAGGUCACCCGAGGGUACAGACUAUUCAUAUGAGAUAAUUGCAAAAAACAUGAGUUCAUCUGAGGUCACAGAUUAUUCUUAUCAGAUAACAGGGAAAACUGCCAGGUCACCAGGGGCCACAGAUUAUUCCUAUGAGACAGCUGGGAAAACCACCAAAUCGCCUGAAGUCACUGAUUAUUCCUAUGAAUUAACUGGGAAUGCUACCAGAUCACCCGAUACUAUGGGUUACUCCUAUGAGACAACAAGGAAAACCUCUAAGUCACCAGAAGCUGUUGGCUACUGCUAUGAGACAAUUGGGAGGACCACCAGGUCAUCAGAGGCCAUGACUUACUCUUAUGAGACAACUGGGAAAGCCUCCAGUUCACCUGAAGCCACAGAUUACUCAUUUGAGACAGCUGGGAGAGCCACCCCUGGGAGGUCACCUGAAGCUGCCAGCUAUUCCUAUGAAGCAAGUGCACAUUUUACUCCAAGUAAAUCGUUAGCAGAAUCCCGUCAAGAUGUUGACUUAUGCCUCGUGUCCUCUUGUGAGUACAAACAUCCCAAAACUGAACUUUCACCCUCAUUUAUCAACCCAAAUCCCCUUGAGUGGUUUGCAAGUGAAGAACAGUCUCAAGAUCAGGAGAAGCCACUGACUCAGUCUGGGGGAGCUCAGCCUCCCUCUGGGGGAAAGCAGCAAGGGCGGCAGUGUGAUGAAACCCCUCCCACAUCUGUGAGUGAGUCUGCCCCAUCUCAAACUGAUUCAGAUGUUCCCCCGGAGACUGAGGAAUGCCCUUCCAUCACUGCAGAUGCUAACAUUGACUCAGAAGAUGAAUCAGAAACCAUUCCAACCGACAAGACAAUUACGUACAAACACAUUGACCCACCACCUGUCCCGAUGCAGGAUCGUAGUCCUUCCCCCAGGCACCCUGAUGUCACCAUGGUUGAUCCAGAGGCUCUGCCAGUUGAACAGAAUUUAGGCAAGCCUUUGAAGAAGGACCUCAAAGAAAAGACAAAGACAAAAAAGCAGAGUCCAAAGACCAAGUCGUCUUCUCCUGUUAAAAAAAGCGAUGGUAAAUCGAAGCAAGUGGCUUCACCAAAGCCAGCUACUAAAGAAUCUUUAGACAAAAUCUCCAGAACAGCUUCUCCAAAAAAGAAGGAAUCUGUGGAGAAGGCAACCAAAAAUAUCUCUAGUCCAGAGGUAAAGUCUCGAGUGGAAGAGAAAGAUAAGGAUACCAAGAAUGCAGCAAAUACAACAACAUCCAAGUCAGCAAAGACUGCAACCACAGGACCUGGGAAUACUAAGGUGGCAAAAUCUACAGCAGUGCCUCCAGGACCUCCAGUGUAUUUGGAUCUGGUGUACAUUCCCAACCACAGCAAUAGCAAGAAUGUUGAUGCUGAGUUUUUCAAGAGGGUGCGGUCAUCCUACUAUGUGGUGAGCGGGAAUGAUGCUGCAGCCGAGGAACCAAGCAGGGCUGUUCUGGACUCCCUGCUGGAGGGCAAGGCACAGUGGGAGAGUAACAUGCAGGUGACUUUAAUCCCAACCCAUGACUCAGAAGUGAUGAGGGAAUGGUAUCAAGAGACCCAUGAGAAGCAGCAGGAUCUCAACAUCAUGGUUUUGGCAAGCAGCAGCACUGUUGUCAUGCAAGAUGAAUCUUUUCCUGCAUGCAAGAUUGAACUGUAAGAACGAGACCACGCAUCACAAGAUUAAACUCUUGUUUCCAGAAAUUCUUCAGUUUGAAAACACCUUUUCUGAAAAUUCAACUCAUCUAUUUCAACUGCUGAACUAUAUAUCUGCCAAAUGCUAUACUGUGUCACAGUGAUGCAAGUCACUAAUAUUUUUCAGUCUUUGUUGGUUGCUAGGGGAAAUAACAGUCUUCCCAUAGUAGAGUACAACUUACUGCGAAAAUACAGAUCCAGUUGCAUCGCCACUGAACAUUUUGAAACCAUGCAGUAGCAACCCCAACUGACUUUUGCCAGAUAGAGGCAUUUGCCCUCUAAAGAAAAAAAAAAAAAAAACAAAAAAAAAAAAAAAAAAAAAGAAAAAAAAAAAAAGAAAGAGAGAGAGGGGUAGGAGGAGAAAGUAGUAAAUUAUUAGGUCUGCAUUAGUCUCAUGGCAAUAGGUGUAUCGCUUACUACAGCCUGCUUAUGUUCUCACAUGAAAAGAAAGUUUUAAAUUUUUAUCAAUAUGAGCUAUCACUAUGGGGAUCCUUUUUUUAAAGAAUUAAGUUAGCUCAAAAAUAAAAAGAAAGAGAACAUGGCUAGGAAGGGAUGUAUGACCUAAUCACUCAUCAGCAGCUUUCCACUUUAAUUUGAGCUCUGCAUACUGACACACUGUAACAAUCAUAGGCCAGAUAUGCAUGUAGUCUGCACCCCAUCCAGAAGUCUAAAACUUUUCUUACAACAUGCAGAAUUGUUCAUCUAAGGAAUGCUUCCAGCGAAAGCCCACUCACUCCAGCCAGAACUGACCAGUCCACAUGCUUGAACACCCAUGUCCACUGUUGAUAACUGAAGCAAAAUACCAAAGCAGUCGGGAGUACAUACAGUAGACAAGUUGCCUUAGAAAGUGACUUGAAUGUACAAAUAAAUUUGAUGCACUUAUUUUUUAAUGCUGAGACAGCAAAUUUAUAAAACAUCUGUGUAGGAUCAUAGUUACACCGGUAAAGAGGUGUGAGUGUGCAUGUGUGGCAUUAGGAACUUAUCUGACUGGUCAAAUGGUUUGGUGCUAUGAAUUGCAUAUAUUAGUUAUGUGAACACUUCAUUGAUGCACCUGGACAGCUCAACCAGGCAAGAUGAGCUUUUUCUUUGAAGGCUCCUUUUGUACUGUGGAAGCAAGAUUGAAGUGGUGUCCAGUAUCAGAGUUACAAAACUUAGUGAAACAUUCAGAAUGAUGGAAAACACCUGUGAGCCUGUACAGUAUUCAGCCUUCCUUUGUCUUACCUGAUUUUAUUUGUUUAAUUUAAGGGUGAACAUGGGAACAAAUGUACAGAAGCCUUCCUUUUUAGUGCUGCGUGAACUUUUAAUACAUGAUCUUUAACAAACAUUUUCAUUUACAGGUAAAUGCAAAGAAAAAUUUUUCAGGUGAAGACUUUUUUUUAGUAGCUUUGUAAGAUAAAUGAGUAGUGUUGUUUAAGAUUCUAGUGAGAAUGGAUAUUGAGGUAAAAUUUAUUGAAAACAGUCAACUGUCAAUAUCUUUUUGGCAGAGGGAUAUGGAAAGAUGCUCUCAUUGUAAAAUUAUUCUGUUGAUGAUGACAAAAAAUGGGAUUUGAGAAAUUGAUUGCCCAGUACUUAAAAGGUUGUAACCUACAUUCUCAACGCUCAUGAGAUCUUGAAAAAGGAUAGAACAAGCAAUAAGCUAAAAUAAAUCCCUUUUCUUUCCUUUUCCUUCCUGUCCUUUGCCUUUUCUUCCCCUUGCCUUUCAUCUUUCCUCCAUGUUUUACUGUCCUUUCCUUGCUUUUUCCCUUCCCUUCCCUUCCCUUCCCUUCCCUUCCCUUCCCUUCCCUUCCCUUCCCUUCCCUUCCCUUCCCUUCCCUUCCCUUCCCUUCCCUUCCCUUCCCUUCCCUUCCCUUCCCUUCCCUUCCCUUCCCUUCCCUUCCCUUCCCUUCCCUUCCCUUCCCUUCCCUUCCCUUCCCUUCCCUUCCCUUCCCUUCCCUUCCCUUCCCUUCCCUUCCCUUCCCUUCCCAUCCCAUCCCAUCCCAUCCCUUCCCGCACUUUCCUGCACCUUCCCUUCCCGCCCCUUCCCUUCCCGCCCCUUCCCUUCCUGCACCUUCCCGCACCUUCCUUUCCCUAGACUGCUUGCAGAGGAGCAGCACCACUGCUCUGUGAUUUAAGACAGUUUGGAUUUUUUAGUCUCUGAAGUUUUUCCCCAAUUAAAAAAAACCUUGUUGUAUUGCAGAAGGUCAGCUAAUCUGAAUUUAAGAAGGUGUAAAGGCCUCCAGCAUGGACUUAACGUGCUGGUUGUACGAAUCACCAUUAUGGCUGGUAUUAAGUUUUACAAUGUAGUGAACUAUGACCUCAUUUUAUUUUCUCUACUUAUAAUUUAUUUCAAUUUUACAUUGUUAGGAUAUUUUUGUUUAAUAGGUGUACGAUUGCACUCCUAAUUUUUAUGAGGGUUUUUUAAUACUGGUUUAGGGUCUUGUAAAUGUGGGCUUCUCGUGCCCAUUUAAUGCUGUGAAUUACUGUUUGUCAGUGGUUGAGGUUUUGAGUUUCUUUUUAAUGUCCUCUUUUUUUUUUUUUUUUUUUUUUUUUUUUUAGGUUUCUCUAGCAAUGCUGAUUUAUUUAUUGCUAUACCUUUUAAGUAGUUGAGAAUAACUCAGAGUGACUAUGGCACAAAAGACAGAUGGAAAUGUAUUGUGAAAACAAGCAUGUUUGCUGGGCUCCUGUCAUUCACUUAAAAAUGCUUUUGUAAUACGUAGUCUAUGAAGAUAUUGGCAAAAUUUUUGGCAGAAUAGUUGUACUAUUUCUACAAUUCUUUCUGAUUUGUCUACUUUGUUAUAUAGGUCAGAAUUCGAACCUUUUGAGUGGGUGGGAACAGAUUUUCUGAUUUUCUGACAACACCUGAAAUGGUUUGUAUCUCUGCUUUGGUAGAAAAUUGUUUUAAGUACAGCAGUGGUCUUGUGAUUAAUCUCACUUAUGCCACUUACUCCUUUGAAUCAGGAGCAAUUUCACUACUGUCAGGGAAGUUACAGUCAUCUGAUCCUACUGUAAAUUAAAUUGGAAUCAAGCCUUAAAUAUGCCCAAGCAAGUUUAUGAUGGCUGAAGCAUUUGUUUUACUUCUGAAAUAAUAAUGAUAAUUAGACAGUUGCAGUUAACCUUAACAUGUGCAUUUGCUUUUUUUUUUUUUUUUUUUUUUGCUGCUACAAGCAUAUUAAAACCCUGGUCUGGCUAUUCUCAGGUGUUGUAAUGCCUGUUCCAUCCACUCCCUUCCAAAUGGCAAUGGCACCUAGAUGCAACACAGCGAUGAGCUCCUCCAUUGGCUCCUCUUGCCCUUAAUGACUUUCCUGCCUGUGGAACUAAUCUACCUGUGCUAAUCCUAGUACUACACAACUAGCUUAGUGUAACAGUCAUCAAAAUGUACUGUGUACAUUAACGAUGAGUGCUGUUGAUCAGCAUAGAUUUCUAGGAGCAUGGUUUGUUAUUGAUUACUCUAAUUGUAAAGAUUCAAUAUCUGAGUGCAAAGAACACUCCAUUUCAAUGAUGGUAUUACCCAUAACAGCAUUCCCAGUCAUGAUCUUUAUGCUAUUAAUAUAAUGCUUCAUAUAAUUAAAUGAAGAAUUAACUUUGGGGAUCCCAUCCCACUCUUGAACUUGGAUAGGGCCUCUCUUGCAUGCCUUUUCAAAGUCCUGAGGUGGGCCUGACUCAUUGACCUCUAUUUUCACCCCAUCUUUCAUAGAAAUCACUUUUGAUUUUUUUUUACUUAUUUUACAUACUGUGGUGAAUGGAGAUAACUGUGUAUAUGAAUGUUGGGGUUUUUUUAAUUGUCUAUGAUAGCUUAUGCAUUUUAGGAGAGUUCUGGUACUCUUUUACUAAGAUUUAAUAAAUUUGUUAAUUGAAUUUUCAAUCCCUCCCAACAUAAGCAAAUGAGCUCCAAAGAGCACUUGCUGUGCAUUUGGAACAUUUCUGUCAUGCGCUUCUCUUUGUUCAUCUGUCGCCAGAGGUUCUUGCUCAGUAAUAAUGUUUUUGAGAGAAAUAGUAAUUUUCUUGGUCUGGAUUUACUAGAAUAUGAAGAAAUAUAAUGUUUACACUUGAAAGAAAAGCUUUCAUCUUUUCACUUAAUAAUUGAACAAAAUACUAAAAUCAACUAGGGGUAAGCAUUUCUUAGAAUGCAAUUAUAUUACUCACCUAGUUUAAAAAUAUUUGCUAUUUAAAAAUUAAAAAAAAAAAACAAAACAACUUGUUUGUUGUGACUUUACAAAAAAAAAAACCUAAAAAAAAUGAGUGACUAAAUAAAACAACAGCAUAAAAUCUAGAAAGAAAAGAAAAAUUAAGAAGCAGUUUCUCUCUACUAGGCUAAGAGCUCCAGAUAGCAGGAGCUACCUCUUCAAGACUGGGCUGUAAUCUCAAUGUAAAAGACAAAAUCUGAAAUAUGCUUUCACGCAUUUGCAUGCAGCCAUUAUCUUCCAAACUAUGGAAAGAAAGUCUUGUGGCUGGCUGAGAAGCACCUCACACACCUCCUCUCUCUUGUUCUGAAUGGUGUUUGUGUCAGUCUGCAGCUGUGUAUGGUAUUAUGUCUUAUAAUCCUGCAUCACCUUCUAUUCUAUCCAGUCAUAUCUAAUGUAGAAAAUUAGUUUCCAGUGAAAGUAAUAUGUAGUGCUUUUAUGAUAUUUGUGUGCAAUAUCCCCUCUUCCAUUGAGGAUAUUUGAUGUAAAGGAAUCAAACUCAGUUCCACAAUAAAAUACAAAAGUGAUAAA